AUGACUCUUACAAAGGAUGCUAUUGAUAAGAUGCAGGUCAAGGACUUGCAGAAGGAGUUGAUGACUCUUGGUCUAGAUACAAAGGGAAAGAAGGCAGAGUUACAACAGAGAUUGAUUGAUCAUAUAGAGAAGGGAGGUGAUGCUCCAAUGUCAACAGAGUCGAAUGCUGCUGCUACGACUUCACCAACAACAACAUCGACAACUACUCAAGCUGCAGUAACUUCACCAUCGACGACAUCAGCAGCCGCUGCAACUACAACCACCUCUGAACCAAUGACCACUGAGCAACCAGACAAUGGCAGCAACAAGGGUCCUGUAGAUAUAUCGACCAUGACGAUGGAGGAGAGAAUGAAAUAUAGAGCCGAGCGAUUCAAGACUGCGUCAUCGUCGUCGGCAACAACAUCUACAUCACCAGCACCCGUCGCUGCCACUGGAUCAAGCCCAGUAGUGGAUAAUUCCAGUCUGACGGACCCAGAGAAGAUGAAGAAGCGUUUGGAGAGGUUUGCCAAAGCCAGUGCUGGCACCAACAACGACGCCGCCACAACCAGUCCCGGCAAGGUCCCACUGACCAGAGUCGAUCCCAAGCAGGCUCUGCUCCCCGCCAGUCAACAAGAGGUGGUUGCACGUAAGAAGAAGUUUGCUGCAGCCAACAGUGCAUUGAUUCCAGAGGACCCAGAGUUGGUAAAUCGCAGACUUCAAAGGUUCUCAACUCCAGCAUCAGCAUCAGCAACUACAACAACAACACCAGCAGCAACAACACAACAACAACAACAACAACAACAGGGAGAUCAAGCAAACACUCAAACACAGCAACAACAAUCGGCCUAA